UUCCAGGUUACCUCAGCGGAUAAGAGUUGUGGAAGAGAGAGAAACAGGUAGAUAAUGAAUCAUGGCAACUGGUGAUGACAACAAAAACCAAGUUCUUAUGAAUCAGAAUGAUUUAUUUCAAGAACUGAUUAUAGAUGAACAAAAGAUAUUGAUUGACAAGAUGGCAAAGGAAAACAGUCAGCUAACUGAGGAGAUCCGGAAGCUAGAACUUGAGCUUCAGGAGUCCACCAGAAGCUUCCAGAUCAAAGAGGAUAUUCCUGAAACAAAGGUGAAAUUCACAUCAGUGGAGACUCCUGAGAGUGACAGCCAGUUUUCCAACAUCUCCUGUUCAUUCCAAGUGAGCUCCCAAGUCCCUUAUGAGCUCCAAAAAGGACAGGCACUAAUCACCUUUGAAAAAGAGGAAGUCGCCGAAAAUGUGAUCAGAAUGGGGAGACACUGGAUAAAGAUAGGAGACCAGGAGCUGGAGGUCACAACCAACCCUGUUCCUUUAAGCUCAGGCGUCAUAUUUCAGCUUCACGUAGAUAUUUCUAAAAUGAAGGUCGAUGUUACUGAAAUUCCUGAUGAGUGGCCGGAAAAUCUGAUGAGAGACAAGCUAGAACUGAGCUUCUGUAAGUCUCGGAAUGGAGGUGGAGAAGUGGAGAGCGUGGAGUACAAUAAGCGGUCUCAGAGUGCUGUCGUCACAUUUGUGGAAAUUGGAGUUGUUGACAGGAUUUUGAAAAAGAAAGACUUUCCUCUUUAUAUAAAUGAGAAAUGCUACAGAGUUAUGGUGUCGCCACAUGUGGAAACAUACUUGAAAAAGUUUCAGGCAUUUUCAGGAGUAUCUAGGAGAACAGUGCUUCUCAUGGGCCUAGACAGAGCACAGAUCCAGGAUGAAGAACUUGUUGAGGAUUUGGUUAGCGUUCACUUCCAACGGAAGAAGAAUGGAGGGGGAGAAGUGGAUGUCGUCAAAUGUUCUUUAUGUCAGCCUUACGUGGCCUACUUUGAAGAACAGACUCAUGAAACCGUGUGAAAAGUAGAGCUUCUGAGUCCUAAUCAUUGCCAGUGUCUGGCCAAAACAAACAAAUGAACAAAUAACACCGAUCCUUUUCUGUCAAAAAAUGAAAUUUCUUCUCAGAUGUAAAAUACAUUUUGAUAGGAUUUUAAGCUCUUUGCUUCAAAACGGCCUGCAUCUUAGAAACUCACUAAGUGCACUGUUUUACAAACACUUUUGUUCAUGAAGUAUGUCGACAGGCUUCAUGUCUGUUGAACGUCACCUUUGCCAUUUCUUCCUCUGUCUUGUGGGUCAGGUCUACCAGUAUCCCAGUUUGACUCAACAUUUAUCCAAAAUAAAUGUUACAUUCAGCAA